AUGUCAAACGCUGAGGCAUUGAAUGAUAAGAAAAAUGAAGAAAAUGAAUAUAAGGAAAAAACGCUUAACCUAUUUGACAAUGAUAAUUUUGUAUUAAAUAAUUCUGAUGAAGAUGAAUAUACAUCAAAUAGUUAUGAUGAUAAUGAAGAAGGAGAUGAAGAUGAAGACGAAGUAGACAACGAUGAGGAAGAUAUAGAAGAUGCUCCUUCGAGUGAUAAUAUGAGUUAUGAUGAUUUGGCUAGUCAAAAUGACGAGGAUAAAUAUAAUGAUGAAGGAACAUAUAAUGAUGAUGGAACAUAUAAUGAAGAUGAGAAUUAUAAUGAAGAAAAUAAAUAUAAUGAUGAGGAAGGUAGUGAUGAAGGUCAUAUGAAAAAAAUAGAUGGAAAAUUACUUGGAUUAACAAAAAGAAUGAAGAAAAUAUAUAUAAAUAAAAAAGAAAAUAUAUAUCAUAAUCAAAUUGGCAUAUACAAAAAUGAAAAGCUCAUGAAAAAUGAAGAUAUUGAAGAUAGGAUGAAAUAUUUAAUAAUAUUAUUAAAUGAUACAAAAAAAAAUAAUAUUAAAAUAGAACGAUCCAUAAUUAUUAAGGAGUUACUUUUUUAUUAUACAUAUUAUUAUGAAUAUUCAAAAGAAAUGAUUAAAUAUUUAUAUUAUAUAUUUGAUAUAAAAGAAUUAUAUUUAUUUCUUGAAAUAAAUAACAUGCCUAAAGAAAUACAUUUAAGAACAAAUACUUUAAAAAUAACAAGAAAUAAUCUUAUAAAAAUAUUGAAAAAUCAAAAUGUAUCAGUGCAAGAAGGAGAAUCUUGGAAUAACGUAGGAAUAAUUAUAAAAGAUGUUAAUACUAAUGUCGGGUCAUUAAAUGAAUAUCUUUAUGGUUAUUAUAUCAUACAAUCAUCUUCAUCACUUAUUCCAGUUCUUGAAUUAGAUAUACAAGAAAAUGAUAUGGUCUUAGAUAUGUGUGCAGCUCCUGGUGGCAAAUGCACUUAUAUGUGUACUCUCAAAAAAAAUAAAGGAGUUGUUUAUGCAAAUGAUAUAAAUAAAUUAAGAUGUAAAGCUAUAGAAGCUCAAGCUUCAAGAAUGGGAAUAAAUAAUUUAAUUGUCACUUGUAUAGAUGCUUUAAAAAUUCAAAAACAUUUAUCAUUUCAAUUUGAUAAGAUUUUAUUAGAUGCACCAUGUAGUGGUACAGGUGUUGUUAAUAAAAAUAAAGCUGCCAGAAGAAAAACUAUAAAAGAAAUAAGAGAUCUUGCUCAAAAACAAAAAAUUCUUUUAAAUAAUGCAAUCAAUCUUUUAAAAAAUGGAGGUAUUCUUGUUUAUUCAACAUGUAGUAUAAGUGUAGAAGAAAAUGAACAAGUCAUAAAUCAUAUACUCAAAAAAAGAGAUGUGAAUUUAUUACCAACAAAUAUUAAUAUAGGUGAUCCUGGAAUUACACAAUAUAGAAAAAAACAAUUUUCAAGUAAAAUAUCAUUAUGUAAAAGAAUUUAUCUACAUAAACAUAAUCAUGAUAACUUCUUUAUAGCUAAACUAAUCAAACGAUCCGACGCCCUAUUUACUAAUACAAACAAUAAUCAAAAUAAAAAAAAAAAUAAAAAAAAUAAACACAAAAAAAAACUAAAUGAAAAUCUAACAAACCAAAAAAAAUUUGAACAUAACAAAAAUGAAAUCAACAAAAAUAAUAAAUUCAAAAAUAAAAAUAAAAGCAAAAACAAAAAGGAAAACAAAAAGGAAAACAAAAAGGAAAAGGAAAAGAAAGGAAAUAUUAAAAAACAUAAAAAUCAAAAGGAACAACAAACCUUAAAUGUUACCAAGAAAAGUGAAAAUUUUAAAGUAAAAAAUAAAAAAAUAAAUAAAAAAAAUAAGAAAGAUAAGGAAGGAAAGAAGGAAAAGAAAAAUAAAAAAAAUAAGAAAGAUAAGAAGAAUAUAAAAAAUAAAGUAUAA